CUGCGACCACGACACUGGCAGUGUCAGACUUCAUCCUCUCUUUAAAGAUUUAUAGUGGCCCUGGCGCAAAAAUGUAUGAGUUGUUUUCAGACCUCAAAACUUUGCCCUUUUACGACCAGCUUUUGCCACAGCUGGUUCCCCUUCUCUAUCUGCUUCUCUUUGUCCCAAGACCUCUUGUAUCCAUUCUGAUACAAUGGCGGACGGAGAAAAGAUCUGCUUCCUCAGGAUCGGACUUGUCCCCGAGCUCGGCAAAGGUCUUCGUGCACAAGCCUUAGUCGCAGAUCUCCCUUCUAAAGGCAGCAUCAGCUCCCUGACUUUGAGGGGACCUUAUGAUAUUAGCACCAAAACAUCUGUCCAUAUGCCAGGCUCAACAUUCCCUGCUGCCGUUCCUGUUUACGACUAUGACCAGAGUGAGAUCAUUUGGGCUGUCCAUAACACGGACGAUGACCAUUAUGCGGGAGAAUUCAAUUCUGAGGAUUGUGAGAUCCAUAUUUGGCGCUUGGGUCCGCACUUUUCCCUUUCAUCGAUCGAGUCAACAUCGCUCACAGCGACAUACCCUCAAAGUCCCGGGUUGAUAUUGGAAAACGGCACAAUCAGUGUUGGGGUCUUGAAUGGGGAUCAAUAUUGCGAAACGCCCUCAACCCUAGACCUUGCGCGCCGAGGUUAUGAUCAUAAAUGGACCAAGAUGCCAUUAAACACAACGUCUAAGUCUUCAAAUGGUCAAACGGGGUUUUUAUUUAAACCCCCUUUCUCGAACUUAAAGUACAUCUUCUUUCUCCAGUCCCAUAAAGAUUACAGUACUGUUCUGCAGAUCGAUGCAGUGAAGGAAAACAAGUUCGCGGAGCUGGGAGGCAGUUCCGUCCUGUGGCAACAUUACGAGGUUGACUUUGGCUUUCCAAUCAAGCGCAACCUGGAGGAUGAACCUGGCAAUACAAAUAACGGUAACUUUGGGGCCAUUGUUCUUCAAGAUGAAAAGUCAGGCAAGAGUCGGCUCUAUAUCUUCAAAUUGGGCCAUGCAGAGAUUCACUAUGCUUAUAUCCCUUUGCGAAAAGACGGCUCUAUUGACUCUUAUAACGCUACCUUCAAAGCAUCUGGGAAACAAACUAUAGAGAUAGGAAAUGUGUCACCCUUUCAAGGCCCUUGCUUACUCCAGACUGAAAGUUCACCUGAGAGUGAGGGCAAACUUAUUAUUCUCUGGAAUCAUGAGAAUGAUGAUUUCUUCUUGAAGGGAUAUUCUGGAGCUAUUAAACCCAAUGGAAUGGCACCAAAUGGAGAUGAGUGGACUGAAAUUAAGUUUCCAUUUGACCAGAGUCAGGGUUGGAAUAAUAGACAUUAUACUAGCUGGUCAGCUCUUAUUAUUCCAGGUAGCUAUGAGUAAGAAUACAGAUUACAUGGCAAGGUUAUGCUGCUAUUUAAUUAGAUAUCUGUAAACUUACCUUAAUUGUCCAGG